GCAGCGGCUCAUUCAAGACGUUGCGGUGUAGUAGGCUGGUCGCGGUGUUGGCGUUACGCUUAGUUAAACAACUCGGAACUAUGGCAUCCUUCACUCAUGUUCUGGCAUUUGCCUGCAUGUUUACAGUGACUUGGGCCACAACAUACGACAUCCCAUUUACCAGUUGCGAAGGUAUAACGGCGCCCAGCGCGGUGAGGAUGCAGUGCAGUAGCUUCUUACGAGGCACCUGCCUCUUGAAUAAAGGCCAGACCUACUCCAUGCAAGCAGAGUUCACACCCCAGACCUCAGUCGAAGAGAUUGAGAGCAGCGUAGCGUGGAAGGCGUGGGUGGAGAUGCCCUUGACAGACCAAGAUUUUGAUGCUUGCAACAGCCAAAUCACUUGCCCGCUCACACAAGGCUCUCCCACAACCUUCUCCUAUUCACUGCAUAUCCCAAAUUAUUGGAUGAGGAGGAGGUACCCAAUUGUGUGGCGCCUAACUGACGAUGACACGAACACACGCAUUCUUUGCUUCACCGUCAGGGUUCAGAUAACGUCAUAAAACAUCCCUGUGUUAACACCUGUAAAAUAAUGCGCAGACAGAGUAAAAGUAUUUUGUUUAUGAAUUAUGUCACUUGUCUAGGAAGAACUGCACGCGACUAAUUCAAGAAGGAAUCAAAUGAUAAAAACAAGAACAGAAGGUUAUAGAAAGUAGUAGCCACAGAGAAAUGGUAGAACAGAUAUGUAUUUUGGAAGGAUGGUACAUAUUUGGAGAAUUAUUGACCUAGUGAUAUUUGCUAAGGUACAAUACCUUCAAUUGUUGAGAAAGCCGCUCCAUGCAAAAUUCCUUGGCAAGUUUAUUGUAUAUACUUUAAGAAAAUCACCAAACACAAGUUCGAUAUCGUACCAGCCAAAAUGCAUGUAAUUGAUAGGUGAUUAUCAAUAUUAGCAAUAUUCAAUGCCUUUAAUUUUUUGUGGUUUCUCUUUUAGAUAUUCACGGUAAAAUGAACAGUGCAUCUUAUGCGGGAAUUUUCAGUUCCAUCUAACGGAAGGGGAAAAAAUUUGAUUCAGGGGUUCCCUAUUAGAUUUAUGAAUUACAGACCAGGCAACUAUACUCAUUAGCCCUACAUAGACUUCAUUUUUUUUCCGAGGCCAGUCUUCAUUUUCAUGCUUUGCAUGAUUGUAAAUAAAACUAGUUUUAAUUUCUACUAUUCCUUUAUUGCUAUUUUUGUAUUGUACAGUAAUUACAAUAAUAGACGAAAUACAGGUCAUUGAAUUGAUAUGAACAGAUUCACUAAUAAACAAAAUGGUCACUCUAGGUUGGUGACCAUUCUUGAAUCCGUGGGGAUAACUUUGUCAGGAAUGUGUUGUAUCACUUCCAGGGUUCAGUCCUUUCUUUCCUGCAGAUGUUCAGGGAGGUCGAAGCAGACAAAAAAAAAUGUGCACCUACGAGUCCUAUCUGAUGGGCUGUCGUUACCCCCGAAUAAUGCCAAAGGGGGUAAUUUACCGCAAAUUGCAUUUGGUUAAAGGCAUUAUGAAUCUGGAAGAGUACAACUACUGAAGCAAGAUUUAGUGCCAACCAUUAAAUUAUAUUCGACCCAAGAAAUUAAAAUUAACAGGAGACUAGCAAGAUGUUGACUUCUUUAUCUGCUAUAAGAUAUGAGACUGCAAGGUAUUAACAUAUGUAAAGCAAAACUUGAAAUUUUUUAUUUAUUUAUGACUUUAAUAUGAUGUAUUAUUUUACUUAGUGUAGAGUAACGAAGUUACCCAGAGUAACUUGGCCAAUUAUCAGUGAGAAUUUGUAUGAAGAAAUGCCGAUACGUUAACUUAUUCCACCCACAAAUAUUAUAUUAUAAUGCAAAUUUUGUGUCAUGUUUAUAGACCUAAAAAUAAACUAUAUUUUUUAAU